GUACAAUACCUUGUAAUACCUUUGUUCGUUUGUAAGUUGUAAACAUUGAAAAAGAAAACAAUCAUCACACCCUCUUACCAUUUGUCUCACAUAGUCACAAUAGUUGACUUUUUUUUAAAAAAAUAUAUAUUUCCGCAAGAGGAGAAAGAGGAAAAGACAAAAAAGGAAAAGGAGAAAAUAAUGGUUUAUCCUUCAUUGGAGGAAGAGGAGAGCCAAAGUCAAUCCUCAACCUCUACGAAACCUCAAACAGAUAAAAAUAGUAGAAGCUCACGACCAUCCUUUACUGAUUACUGGAGACGAACCAAAGAGGCGGCAACGAAACGUAUUACGUUUGUGGCCAACAAUCUCGAGCAAUUGACAGGGCCUAGCAAUAGGGAAAAUGGCCCACAACAACCAGACUCUACCACCCAGGCCAAGGCUCAAGUCAGGAGGGGACAAGUACGGAAGGCCCAUAUCCAGCAUCGGCAACGCAAGACAAACUACACCAGGCAGCUUGAGAUGGAUGUCACCAAGUUGCGGGAUAUGAUCGAUCGGACUGAGCGUGAGAGACUGGCGCUCAAGAGUGAGAAUGAAGCUAUCCGGCGCCGCUUCCUCAUAAGGGCUGAUUCACUACCCACAAGCUCCAUGUUUCCUUCGUCAUCCACUGCGUCUAACUCUCUCACGUCGCUGAGGCCGGCUCCUGGAUACACGAUCAGUCUUUUCGGCUCAUCUGAGAUGCUGGAUACCCCUAGCUUCCAGGUACGACGGACUCCAACUCCAACCUCGUUUUCACGGCAUAGCGGGGACCUGAGUAUGCGAGAGUCCUCUACCACCAUUUCUCCUUUCCCAAGAGCAAACUCUUCUCAUCACACAGACCCGGCGAAGCUCUCGGAGGCACAGAACGACUAUGCCGUGAACUUCAUCUUAGCGCUAGAACACGUCUGCUGGGAUCACUUUGACCAGCACCACUACGCCCACCAAGCCUACAACCCAGAAGCAGCCGAGCACGGCCACGCUCUCACGGCAACCAGCAUCGCGCUGCAGACCGCGCCGCCCGGCGUAUGGGAGCAGCUCAGCGCCGCCAAGGCCCGACGAUCCUCUCAUCAGCACCACCACCACCACCACCAUCAACCCUCCUCCUCCUCCUCCUUCGCAUCCUCCUCCUCCUCCUCCUCCAAACCCCUGCCCCCCCUCCCCCUAUACCAACACUCCCCACCCAACAGCCCCCACCACGGGCCCCCCCUCGCCUCCUGGGAAACCCCGCCCCCCCACCUCGGCGGCGCCGGCCCCAACCUCACCCUCGCGAGCCUGCGCGCCCUCGCCUCCUCCUCCUCCUCCUCCUCCUCCGCCCUCACCCCGCCCGCGGAGCUGCCGCCCGUGCAAGCGUGGUUCGAGAUCGUCUCGCGCUGCGGCGGCGCCGUGGACCCGAGGCGCCUGGACCGCGCGCGGGAGGCGCUGGCGAGGGAGGCGAGGUGUUUUGGGUUUGGCGCCGUGGUGCGCAGGGAAGUUUUCGAGGGGGUGGUGGGGGGGUUGCUGGGGUGUUAGGGUAGGCAGGUAGGUUGGUAGGUUGGUUGAUUGCCUUUUUUUUUUUUUGCUUCGCAGUUCAUUGGGAUUGAUGAUGAUGACGAUGGUGAUGAUAUAUAUACGCGGUAAUGAGGGCAUUGGUUCUAAUGGAUGGAUGGAUGGGAUGGGAUGGGAGGGAUGGGAUGGAUGGAUGGUAUAUUUGGGUACCUACCUAGGUGGGUAGGUGGGUGUUUUACGUUUAUUCAUCAAAAAGGCAAAGUUUUUUUUUUUUUUUCUUUUUUUCUUUUUUUCUAUAAAGGAAUGGGAAAGGGAAAGGGAAAGGGGUAUGGUGAAUUUGGUUAAUUAGGUACCUACGCUUUAGGAAACGUAGGUAUCUGGGUAAACGAUAAUGAUAUUGGGAUGUUGGUAAUUGGUAUACAUAGGUACGGUGGGAUAUGGAUGAAGCAUAGGAUUACUAGUAUGUACGGGAUGAUACUUACUUCGUAGGCAUCUGAGACUAAAAGGGGUAAUAGGGAUGUUGCGCGCGUAUGAUAAUUCGAAGUUUGCUUGUAUACUACCUAGGU